AUGCUGAAUCCUGACGGUGGCGAGGAGGACAUUGACGCCUUUGAGCUGCGGAUGCGUGGACGCCGGGUACCGGACUUCGAGAAGGUCUCGCAGGAUUGCACUCUGGACUUUGAGUACCUUGGGGCAUUGGAGGGUGCACGAAAGGCGCGGCUGGAUCGUCAGGAUGAAGCGAGAUGGGACGUGCUCCAGCUGCCGCAGCAGGAGCCACCCGAGCGCAUCCGCCCCCGCUCAGUGCCAGCGAAGAAGAGCGACAGCUCCACUGCGCGCAGCGAAGCAGACGAGUUCUUCCGACCCACGCCGGCACCGCGCCCGGCGGGAGCUGCACGCAAGGGGCCGGCACCUCCAGCGAAGCGCUGGGAAGUGGUGGGUGGCUCCGACAAGGGAGGCAUCUUGGUGCGGGAAGGCCAGUCAACCACCUCCAAGCAGCUCGCAGACCGCUUGUCCACAGGUGCUCUAGUCGAGGAGCUCGACCUGCGAGGAGAGCGGCUCCAAUUCAAGAGGCUAACCGGCACCGGCCCCGAGAUAGGCUGGGUCAGCCGGGAGCUGAGCAGCUUCAUCCCCUGUUGUGUGCAGUUGGGGAAUGCCGGUGCUUUCUGCGGUGCAGCGACCGGCCGGACUUUGGAUGUGUGCCUGGAGUUGGUACGCCCGAAGCACGCGUCACCGGAGGAGAUGCUGACGCUGGAUUGUGCGCUCUCGCUUCAAGAGGAGCUCAUGGAGGGUUUCGGCAAGCCAGAAUUCCAGCGGACACUGGCGCAGCUCGUUCGUGCGCAUCCGACAAAGGCCGGCGCUGAAUUCUUGAGGAAGCGCACAGAGCUCUUCCUCUCCGUGCAGAGCGUUGUUCUCCCGAGGUACGGCUUCGAGGGCUCGCCGAAGGCGCGCGCACCGCAAAGGAGAUCAGCUUUGGGGCAUGAAGCAGAUGAAGCCCCAUCGCUGCCUUUACAGGGCGUGGUUCAGAUGAUGGCGGCCUAUGAGCUUGCUCUCUUUGUCACUUCAAUGGGUCAUGCAGUCGUCCACAAGGAAGCAGUAGGGUGGCUCAUGAUUCAUCGUGUGGCUGCAUGUCGCUUGAAGCCAUCAGCGAUGCAAGAGGCCCAGGUUGCCAACGGCAGCGUGGUGGAGCCACUGCCCGAUGCAGCAUUCGUGUUGGAUGAUGGGGAGGACGUUGUGCUGAAGAAGGCGUCAGAGCUGGACAUCAUCGAUCGACUUGCCUUGGCAUGGGUCAGGUUCAUGGGCAGCAUGUCUGAUGCAAAGCUCGCGCAAGCGGCGCUCGUUGCAGCAGCCCUGAUACUGCCUCUGCUCGUGGCCUUGAUCCCGCUUUGGUUGCUACUGUUGCUGGAGAAGAAUGUUUUGAUGGUCGAGUCUCGCGGUCCACCUCGACACCAGUCAGGAGCUGGGAGCAGGGACCUGACCUUCAGUGUCGCAGAGGAGGGAGUAUCUCCAAUGCUCCUGAUGUACACCUUCGUCGCUGACUUUGCGGUGCCGAACACCCGGCCCUUCAGGAGCUUGCCCGAGCUGGUGCAAGAGAUGCCCACAGCGCUUCCUCAGCUUCCUCAGGCCAGUGCAGCGGCAUAA